AUGCCGGAUCGUCACGCAGGCAGCAGCAGCAGCAGCAGCAGGGGCCGCCACCGCAGCCGAUCCCCGGAGGAGGAGGUACCGCAGCAUAGAGACGGCGGCAGCAGUAGCAGCAGCAAACACUCCAGCGGGAGGAGUAAGCACAGCGGCAGCAGCAGCAGUAGCAGCAGCAGCAGCAGCAGCAGCAGCAAGGACGCGAGAGAGUCGCACAGGCAUCAGGAUGAGGCCCACAACAGCCACCACCACCACCACCAUCACCACCACCACAGCAGCAAGCAUGGCAGCAGCAGCAAGGAAACGAGGAGUAGCGGCAACAGCAACACCCGCGAGAGCAGCGACAGCGUGGAGCAGGUUAGCAACAAACACAGCAGCAGCAGCGGCAGCAGCAACAACAACAGCAACAGCAGCUGCGCAGCUGCGGAAGGAGCGUCUUUGAAAAUGGCUCAAGAGGAAAAGGACAGAAGCGGCACCAGCAGCAGCAGCAGCAAGGACAAGGACACAACCAACGGCAAGAGCAGCAGCAGCAGCACUGGCGCCAGCAGCAGCGGCCAGCCAGUUGCACCAGGGGCUGCUGAAGUUGAUAGCGACAGCAGUAGCAGCGACGAUGAUUUCGGCCCGAAGCCCAUUGAGGCGACAGCGGCUCCUCAAGCAAAGCGGCGCCGCCUGCGUUGCGAAGGUUUGCUGCUGCAGCAGCUUCCGAGUGCAACGAGAUACAGCAAGAGCUUUAUGCAUAGAGAACAGAUCACCUUCGUGGUGGCGAGCUCUGCCCACCGGUUUAUUCUGAGCGGCUCCGUCGAUGGGCACGUGAAAUUUUGGAUUCAAAAGGAAGGAGGCAUUGAAUUUGUUAAGCACUUCCGGGCCCACAUCGGGGAGCUGCACUCGCUGUGCAUUUCCAGAGAAGACGGAGGCGAACACGCCGCUUGCGUUGGGGCCGACAAAACUCUCAGGAUCUUUGACGUCUCCAACUUCGACAUGGCUUGUCUCGUUUCGCUCGACUUUAUCCCUUGGGCUUGCGAAUUCGUCUCUAAAAAGGGGGACGCAACGCCUCUAGUUGCGGUCUCCGACAAGGAAAGCCCCACCGUGGUGGUCUUGAAGCCGCUGCUGCACGGGGCGAAGCCUGUUGUUAGUUUUUCUCUGCACGGUUCGCCUGUGCGGCUGCUGGCCCACUUGGGGGGGACUGAUAUCUGCUUUUCGGCAGACAGAGACGGAGGCCUGGAGCUCUGGGGUGUACAUACAGGUCGCAGAGUCUCCAAAGACAGCCACCCAGAGCAAAUCGCAUUCGAGUUCAAGGCGGAGACCCAUUUGUUUGACCUGCAGAAGAACGGAACGACAGCACUCGCAAUCGCCGCGAGUCCAAACGGCCAAUGGCUGGCGGUCCUCGGCGCCGACUUCCACUUGCGAAUUUUCAACGUACGGAAGGCUAAGCUCAGUCGGGUGUAUCUGGAGACACUGCAGUACUACGAAAUGGCGCAGAAAGACCCGCAGUGCGCGCUGCUGCACCAGGAUGCGUUGGACUUCGAGCAGAGGGCGGCGCUGGAGAGGGAGUUGGGUCGGUCACCUUUGCGUCUUCAUCAAAAUUUGAUCUUUGACUCUUCUUCUUCUUUUCUUCUCUAUCCCACGCUACUGGGAGUGAAGGUUCUCAACAUCCUAGACAACAAAGUCUGCCGCUUCAUCGGCCGCCAUGAGCAGGGCCUGCGGUAUUUGGCGAUUGCGCUACAGCAGCCGUACAUAACGCGACGAGUCGCCAAGACGGCUGCGGGAGCCAACGACGCGAUCAUGGUCGCUUCGGCCUUCAAGAAAAAGAGGGUUUACUUCUUCACCGCGGAGGCCCCAUCAGAAGAUAUUUUGGACACACGAGACAUCUUCAACGAGAAGCCGUCGAAGGAAGAACAGGAAUCCUUGAGCGCUGCCACCGGGGCAUCGGCCAUAACUCCUGCUCAGCGUCUGGGAGCAACGGCCACCCUCCACACGACCUUUGGAGAUAUUCGGGUGAAGUUGUUUGGGGCGGAAUGCCCUAAGACCGUGGAGAACUUUACUGUGCAUGCACGAAACGGCUACUACGACAACAUGCUAUUCCAUAGAGUCAUCAAGGGAUUCAUGAUUCAAACAGGAGACCCCAACGGAGACGGCACAGGCGGAGAGUCAAUAUGGGGCGGCGACUUUGAGGACGAGUUGCAUCGUUCUUUGAAGCACGACCGGCCUUUUACUCUUUCUAUGGCAAAUGCGGGCCCCAACACGAACGGGUCUCAGUUCUUUAUUACGACAGUGCCUUGUCCUUGGCUGGACAUGAAGCACACGGUUUUCGGUCGAGUCACCCACGGAGCUGAUGUCGUUCUCAAGAUAGAGGGAGUGAAGACGAACCAAAAUGACAAACCCGUGCAGGACGUGAAGUUGCUGGCAAUAAAAAUUACUUCUUAA